AUGCGAACGAAGAACCGUAAUCAGCGAGAGGAAGACUCUAUCCGAUUACCUGGACGCAUGACUCGAAUCGCGUUGAGAAAAGGAGGCAUAGGAUUGGAAGAUCCGGCAAUCGAUCCCUGGAAGAUGGAAGACCUGGCGCUGAGAUCCACCUUGCUCUUGGAAAAUCCACCACCCGAAGACGACAACGAAGCAGUCGGGAAGGAAGACGACGGCGAUUUCCCUGGCACCACGCCCAUAUUAUGGAAGCCUCCAUUAGCCGAAUUGGAGCGACGACUAGAAGAGCAGGACAGGAGAUCCAUCAUCGUUGAUCCUCUUCGAAUCCCUGUCCUCCAAGGACGAGGCCCUCCAUGGGCCAAGAGGAGGAGGAGGAAACGCGGCGAGAAGGGCAAGAGAAGCACGGCCUGCAUGAGGCGAUGCAUGACCCAGGGUCUCCUUCAUCCCGCCCAAUGCCAUUCCCUCUGCUAAUCUCUCCUUUUCCACCCAUUCGGAUGGACGAGGAGAGACACCUGAGUUGUGGGACGCAGUCAGGUCAUGUACUCGUGACCUUUAACCCCAUUCUGAGUGAGUCAUUCCUAGAGGAGUUCACGUGCAAUACAUCCUUUGGUUUCCGCUCCGAGACGGAUUCGUCAUACCUGUGUUAUUUCCCACGUCUCCUCCGUAAAAAAAAAAAAUUUUUCGAACGGGUUCGAUGAUCUGGAUAACAGCGUGAAGACAUUGCCGUUGACUGCUUUAUUUAUGACAUGUUGGCGUGAAUUAUUUAUGGAUGCUCUGACGCAUGUUCUCGAUGUCACUGUUGUAUAAAGAAAGAAAAAAAAAGCAGUUUCUCUCAUCUCCCUGGGGGAAAGUCUUCCCAAAAGCUCCUCAGAUCUUCAGAAAGGGGAAGUGUCUUGGUCUCCAAACUGUCUCAUCUGUUUUUGCUCCUCUGAUUCUUUUGAAAAAUUUCAAAGAGGCUUCUCUUCUCUGUAUGUGUAAUAAUUGCAUCCUGUAGCAAAUUUAUUUUCCGCUUUGGAAUUAGAUCUUGCUUCCGUCUCUCUGUGUCCUGCAGCGUCCAUUCGAAGAAAUACACGAGUCGAUAUUUUAUUUUCCAUCACGAGCUUUGGCUUCUAUCUUCACGCGACACUGCACCCUUUCGAUUCUUCUUUUGUUUUUUUCCGUCUGAGCUUGAGUUUGUCCAGUAGUCAUGUAUUGAAAAUUUUAUGGGAGAAGCGGAAAAUUUCCAAAAUUUUUCUCUUUCUGUCCAAUCGUAGCUUGAACAUCGUUUUCGCCCGACGUUAUUGACAUUAGUACAAGAUCUGAAUAAAUUGCCGC